AUGACCUUGGACUCCAUCGACCUCGAACGCAUUGAUCAAAGCCUCUGGACAUUCCUUGAACAAGGGAAAAUGCAUAAAGUAGAAGAAGACUGGGCCGAAUUCGUUCUCAAAGGCCAUCAGGAGCAAAACUUCCACGACGACCUCGAGACCUCGGGCUGUAUCAGCGUCGAAGCAGAUGUGUGGCUAUUCGACGAUGACUUUUUCGUCGGUCAUAGCGUGAAGAGCUUGACUCCUCGGUCCACACUCAAGACCAUGUAUCUUAACCCUCUACAUCGUAUCCUGGAAGCGGCGAACAGAGAUCCGGUCAUCGGAAGCGUGGCCAGUGAUGGCAAGCAAGGCGUGUUUGCUACCGAUUCAGCACAAACACUUGUUCUGCUCGUUGAUUUCAAGACCAAUGGUCCGGAGACAUACCUGAAAUUGCACGAACAGCUGGAAGGACUUCGCAAUGCCGGAUGGCUCACGCACUGGAAUGGAACGAAUCGUGUGGAGCGACCGAUCACUAUAGUCGUAUCUGGCAACGCACCUUUUGAUGUGAUCGCAAACUCCAACACGACAUAUCGUGAUGUCUUCUACGAUGCCCCAUUGACAGCCCUAGAAGCUGAUGGCGAUCCGGUAACAAACACAUCACCUGCAGCGACCUCGUCAGAUUGGGACAUUGGUGUGCUACGCUACAAGUACAACCCGAGCAACUCAUGGUACGCAUCCAGCAAUGUCAAGGCUGUUGAUCGAAGCAUUUCUUUCUGGUUUGCAGUCACUCCAGACCAGAUUGAAGAACUCGCACAGCAUAUACGCAAGGCUGAAACCAGGGGACUGAGAUCCAGAUACUGGGGUACGCCCAGAUGGCCACGUUCACUGCGCGAUCAGAUUUGGCAAGUGCUGCUGCAGCAGGGUGCCAGUGUCUUGAACGUUGAUGAUCUGCGGGCUGCAAGAAAGGGAUCAUGGGGUCGUUGGACGUAG